AUGAUGGGUUGCGGCAGUCCCUUGGAGGUGAUAGAUGUUUCGGGUGGUCUGCCCGCGGAUUUAGGGCAGGUUUACACGAUAAAGCCGCUCGGCGUGAUUCCAGUUGUGCGCGAGGCUGGGUUGGCCUGGGUGGUGGUGGGAAUUGGCGCGGGGGACUUGUUGGCGAGCCUGAUGAAUCACGUUGAUGACGUGUACGCGCUGCUCCCGGGAACAAUGGAAUCCGUCAUGCAUUGGCUGACGGUUUGCGACUCCACUGAGCCUGGAGACCCCCCAGCGGUGUUAGCCAGUGAUGACAGCUACGGCACGGACAAGGCACUGGAGGUGAUAGCACAGGCGCACGCCGCAUGGCAGCUGUUCCUCCACAGCAACGUGCAGCCGGAGCCCUGGCGGCCGGAUCUGGACGUGUUCUCCACCAACGUGCUGCAGGCCUGCUGGCGCAAAUACACUGACGGGCAGAGCGCUUUGGUGCUCCCUGUAUCGUGUGAGCGGCGGGAUGAGAGCGUUCCUGGAGAUGCUUAUAACGGGGAUGAGAUGCUGGGGUUUGGAUCAGUGGGGUUUGGUGCGGUUGAUGGAGAUAUGGCGGAUGAGGAGGGGGUUGAGAGAGAUGCAAGGGGUUCUGGGGUGCAGGCAAGGGUGUGGCAGCAACAGGCUCCAAAAGAGUCACGCCUCCCCAGCCUGCCUCCGCCCCCACCACCCUCACACUACGAUGACGUCAUCUCAGCAGAAGCAAAGUCAGCAUCCGCAUUGGCAGCACGGCACCCCAGCAGCUUUGAGAGCAGUGGGGGCUACAGCAGCAGCAGUGCGCAUGGGAAGGGGACGCGAGCUUGGAGUCCUCUAGCUGUGCUGCGCUCCAAAUCCCCUGGCAGUCUGCAGAGCAACCAUGGCAAGCAGCGCGCACAGAGCGCGGCACGUGACAGCAGCAGAAAAUCCCCUCGAAGUCACCAGAGCAGUGCGGCCAGGGUGAGCAACGAGGUUCAGAGUAGGGGGUUAGGGGCGGGUACCCAGUGGGCUGCUGCUGCUGCUGCUGCAGGCCAGGUGAAGCACGGUGCAGGCAGCCAAUCGCCAGUGGGUGGUAGACCACCCAGCAGCCCGUCCCUUGUAGUGGGUGGUAGACCACCAAGCAGCUUGUCCCUGGUAGGUGGUAGACCACCCAGCAGCCCGUCCCUGGCUGGUGGUGGACCACCCAGCAGCCCAUCUCCUGUGGGUGGUAGACCACCGCUCAGCAGCAGCAGCGUGUCUCCAGGAGGCCAGAGGGGGCGAGACAGCAGGUGUCCUGGAGAACGGUCAGUGGUGCCCAGACAGGGGGGCGGUGUGUGCGCGGGUAUUCCCAAGGGUGAUGGGCUGCUGCGUCGGCAUCGCAGUGAGAACCUGUCUGCGCGUGGGGCGUUUCAGCAGCAGCCGGGGGAUGGUUGGAAGCAUGGGUUGGGGGAUGGUGGACGGGAUGGUGGGGGGAAUGGUGGGAGGGAUGGUGGGGGGAAUGGUGGGAGGGAUGGUGGGGGGAAUGGUGGGAGGGAUGGUGGGGGGAAUGGUGGGGGGAAUGGUGGGGGGAAUGGUGGGGGGAAUGGUGGGGGGAAUGGUGGGAGGGAUGGUGGGGGGAAUGGUGGGGGGAAUGGUGGGGGGAAUGGUGGGGGGAAUGGUGGUGAGGUGGACAGGCUGGUGGCAAGGCUGCUGGAGGCAGGAGGUGCGUGUGCGGGUGCGGCACAGGCAGGCAGUGAUGCUGAGGUGCUGCGUCGGCACGGCAGUGAGAACCUCUCAAGGUAUAGCUCUGCGUGUCCUCCUGUGCUGCUGCAGGCAGUGCCUGAAGGAGGAGGAGUAGGUACUGGCGAGGUGCCCACAGUAGCAAGAGCCGGGGCUGCUGGGACGGCGGGGGCAGUAGCAGGAGUUGGAGCAAGGGGGAAGGCAGCAGAAGCAGCAGCAGCAAUGGUAGAGUCAAGCCACUCUGGCAUGGCUUGUGAGCUCACAGCAAAGGGGAAAUUGCCGCAGAAAGGCGGGCAGCGGGGUGAUAGACUCCGCUUUCCGCAUUCCAAGUCUCUACCCCCGACUUUAACUGGAGGAAGCUGGAGUGAGGAGGAAAUCAUACAGCCUGUUUUGACUGUGAAAAGGAUUGCUGUUCCCGGAAACGCAGCCGUUUCUUUAACCGGGAGUGCUUUUCCUUCAGAUAAUGAAGAUGCUUUUGCUGCUGUGGAAGACAGACAGUUACAGAGGCAGAAAUGGAUGCAGCUGCAGCAGCAGCUCCAGCAGGGUGCCUCUACAACCCCUACAGCCCCGUCAGCAGCACAGACUGACAGGUUUCGUCGCACUCUCUCUGCUCCGCGCUCCUCCCUACCCCCACCCACCGCCUCCUCCACUCCUUUCCCUGGUCACCCAUCCAGACUCCUCCCAUGUCUGCCACUUUCCUCCCCACCCCCUCAUUCCUCCCCACCCCCUCAUUCCUCCCCACCCUCCAUGCUCAACAACCCGCAGUCCUCUUUCCCAUCUACCUCUGCCCGCCGCCGCUCCUCGUCCUUCUCGGGGUGUGAAAGCUCUGGCCUUGGCUCGCCUGACUGCUCCACCGCCACACACCCUCCUGCGUGUGAGGCAUCUGUUGCAUUUGAUGCGCCACAGGCACUUGUGGUUGAGGCGCAUGGGCAGCAAACAGCCUCCCAAAACACUCCACUGUUGCCGCCCAUGCUACAGCCGCCCAUGCUACAGCCUGCCAUGCAGAAAAUGAAAUUGCUGCAGCCAGGCUUGAGUAUGGCCAGCUGCUCAACAGCCAGUGUUGCUCCUCCUGGCCCUGCCAUGCCUGCACUCACCUCUGCUACAGCCAUUCCUGCUACAGCCGGCCGAUGCAGCAAGUGA